AUGUUUAGAAGACUACCGUUUGCUCGUUGUUCCCGAAAAGUGGUGAAGGGCAGCAAUGCUCGAAGACUUGUUUCUGGUCGAGUGGGUGCUACCAGAGUGAAGCCCACGAACUGGAAACUUCCACUUAUCUCGGCACUUUUGCUAUCUGCUGCUGCAGUAACUUGGAACUCGAUCCCUGUUGCAUUGGCCUUAGAGGAAUCUACCCGUCAGGGCGUCACGGUCGAAGAGUUGCAAAAACAUACGUCUGCAGAAAGCGUCUGGGUCGCUAUAAACGGUAAGGUCUAUGACUUGACAGGAUUCUUGACAAGACACCCGGGAGGAGCGGGUAUCAUACUAAAAUACGCAGGUAAAAAUGCAUCUACCAUUUUCAACAAGUUUCAUGCUCCUAACUUCGUGGACAAGUAUUUGACGCCUGACGAGUGCUUGGGUCCUUUGAUAGGCGAGUUGGAGCCGGAAAUAGAUAUCACCGAGGUGGGUAGCAGCGAAUUGAGACAAGAGUACAUUGAUAACAUGCCGCCAAUCUCAGAAAUCUUCCGUGUUAGCGACUUUGAAUAUAUCGCUAGGAAAAUCCUUCCGCCUUCAGCAUGGUACUACUACUCAAGUGGCGCUGAUGACGAAGUUACGCUCAGAGAGAACCACAAUGCAUUUUCGAGGAUAUAUUUCAAACCUCGCGUGCUUGUUGAUGUCAGUAAUGUUGACUUAUCAACCACUUUGAUGGGUCUGCCUGUCACCGUGCCCUUCUACUCCUCGGCCACUGCACAAGGUAAAUUGGGGCAUCCUGAUGGGGAAUGUUCAAUUGCAAGGGGUUGUGGGAAGGAAGGUGUCAUACAAAUGAUCUCAAACUACUCGUCUUAUCCUUUGGCAGAUAUUAUUGGCGCCGCAGAAAAGGACCAGCAUCAGUGGUUUCAAUUAUAUCAUGAAAAUGAGUCUAAUACGAAACUGUUGGUUUCAGAGUGCGAGGAGCUUGGCCUCAAGGGAAUUUUCGUCACCGUUGAUACUCCAGAGCUUGGUCGCAGAGAAAAAGAUAUGAGACUUCGAGCUCAGAUCGAGGCAAACUCUGAUAUCCUGGAUGACUCCUCCGGAGCUCAAGACCUAAAUUCUGCCGUGAGUUAUGGUAAAGAUACCUCUGUGACAUGGAAGGACGUUGAGAACAUUUCUUCGGGGACUCGCAUUCCAGUGGCUAUUAAGGGCGUACAGAGCGUUGAUGAUGUUGUCUUGGCAGCUGAAAAAGGAUUUAAGACGGUGGUGAUUUCUAACCACGGUGGUCGCCAGUUGGACUACUCCCGUGCUCCAGUUGAGGUUUUGGCAGACGCCAUGCCUGUUCUCAAGGAAAAGGGUUUGGACGGCAAGAUUGAUAUUUAUGUGGAUGGAGGAGUCAGGCGUGGGUCUGAUAUCAUCAAAUGUUUGGCCUUGGGUGCCAAGGGUGUUGGUUUGGGUAGAAUCUUUCUUUAUGCCAACUCCUGCUACGGUGAAGAAGGUGUUAGAAAAGCCAUAGAGUUGUUGAAGUCAGAAAUGAUUUUGGACAUGAAACUCUUAGGUGUUAAAAAAAUAUCAGAUCUCGGCCCGCAACACUUGGACUUGAGAAGCAUCCACUCCAGGCUACCGCCUAACGACAAUUUGUACAAUGAAAACUACGAGCCCUUAACCCCGCCAACUUUCAAACACGAACGUUAG